AUGUCGUGCAACAACAACUUGAAGCAGUUGGCGUUGGCGAUGCACAUGUAUCAUGACACGCACAACAAGUUCCCCGCUGGUCACGAGUAUUACCCUCCCGGCACAUUACAGCGAUGGUGCUGGGCUCACGCGUUGUUUCCUUACGUCGAACAAAAAGCUUUGUAUGACGAAAUCCGUACGCUCAACCCAACGUACAUGAUGGAUGUUCCGGCAAGCUUGAAGGACACUCCAAUUUCUGCGUAUGUCUGCCCUUCCAACAUUGGCGAUGCGAUGGGCGGCAAUGGAUCUUCCAGCGGUAACGCGUACCGACCUACUUCGGACCCAGGUUUCGGUUUUAAAUCGAGCUAUGUCGCUUGUGCUGGAAGCAAUAACUUGGAUCGCGACGUCGAACUGAACGGCAUGUUCUGCUGGAACAAGUAUGCCGACAUGUCCUCGGUGAAAGAUGGUACCAGCAACACGCUUUUGCUUUCCGAAUGUGCGGCGCGCGUUCAAGAGGAUACCGGCUGGGGUGGCUCUGGUUCGAUCUGGGGCGGUGCGACAUUCGGCGGCUAUGGCUUCAGCACUGAAUAUGGCCCUAACACGACCGUUUCAGAUCAGUCUUAUCAAGCGAUCGGCAGCACACCCAAGUACCCUAUCGUUGCCGUUGGAUCAAGCUACGACGAACUGCGUCACUUUGCUCGCAGCUAUCACCCCGGCGGCGUCAAUGCCGCCUCGGCAGAUGGAAGU